GCACCGUCCGGCUGCGGCGCGGCCCGGCCCGGGCGCAGCGGUCGCCGCAGCCUGCGGGCCUCAGGCCGCGAGCCCCGGGACGGCGGCGCGGGGCGCCAGCAGCCGCAACGCUGCACGGCCGAGCAAGCGGGAGAUGCCGAAGCUGCGCGGGGAAGCCUUCUGGAGGGAGACGCUGCGGAGCGCCCACUACGUGGUGGCGCCCAUGGUGGACCAGAGCGAGCUGGCCUGGAGGCUGCUGAGCCGCCGCCACGGCGCCCAGCUCUGCUACACACCGAUGCUGCACGCCCAGGUCUUCCUCAGGGACGCCAACUACCGCCGCGAGAACCUCUACGACGAGGCCUGUCCCGAGGACCGCCCGCUCAUCGUGCAGUUCUGUGCCAAUGAUCCUGAAGUGUUUGUCCAGGCAGCACUGUUGGCUCAGGAUUACUGUGAUGCCAUAGACCUAAAUUUGGGUUGCCCCCAAAUGAUUGCAAAGAGAGGUCACUAUGGAGCAUUUCUGCAAGAGGAGUGGGAUCUUCUUCAGAGAAUGAUUUUACUGGCUAACGAGAAGCUCUCUGUUCCCAUCACAUGCAAAAUCCGCGUUUUCCCAGACAUUGACAAGACAGUGAAGUAUGCACAGAUGCUGGAGAAAGCUGGCUGCCAGCUGCUGACUGUGCAUGGCCGUACUAAAGAACAGAAAGGACCACUUGCUGGUGUGGCAUCUUGGGAGCACAUUCAAGCUGUAAGAAAAGCUGUAAACAUUCCUGUAUUUGCAAAUGGAAACAUCCAGUGUCUCAGUGAUGUGGAAGAAUGCAUCCGUAAGACAGGAGUACAUGGUGUCAUGAGUGCAGAAGGUAAUCUUCAUAAUCCAGCUUUGUUUGAGGGCCGGAACCCGUUGGUGUGGGAGAUGGCUGAGGAGUAUCUGGAGAUCGUGAGGAAGUACCCUUGUCCACUGUCUUAUGUUAGGGCUCAUCUCUUCAAGCUCUGGCAUCACACGCUUCAAGUUUACCAUCAGCUGCGUGAAGAAUUAGCAAAAGUGAAGACUCUAGAGGGCAUUGUAGAUGUCAACAGAGAGCUGAAACUGCGAUGCCAGGUACCAAGAUGGGCCCCAAUCUCCCAGAACAGCACUGCCUGCACUUGGUGGGAAUGUACCAAGAAGACUGACUGUAACUCUAUGCUGCAGGAAGAAAUAGCUAAUCAGAAAGAAGGAGAAAAGCCAAAAGAAGGGUUGCCUUUUUUCCACUGGAUCUGUCAGCCAUACAUCAGGCCAGGGCCAAAGGAGAGAUGCAGGGAGAAUGGAGAUAGUGGAACUGAAAAAGGUGUGCGAGGAAAACGUGCUCUGGAAGAAGAGGAAGAUGGAAAUUCUGAGCUUCUUUCAAAGAAUAAACAAAAAAAGAAGUUAAGAAAUCCAAAUAAAAGCUUUGAUCCAUCUUUAAAACCCAAGUAUGCAAAAUGUGAUCAGUGUGGAAACCCUAAGGGCACUAAAUGUGUGUUUAACAUGUGCCGAGGAUGCUGUAAAAAAAGAGCAUUCAAGGAGGUAGCAGAUUGUCCAGGUCAUGGAUUACUUUUUAAGACCAAGUAUGAAAAAUCCCUUUCAUGGCAGCACAGUCAAAGAGGAAUUCAAACCCCAGAGAUCAGUCAGGGAGGAGAUGCAGAGGUGGGGGAGACAGCAGUGCUGAAGGAGGCUGGUGACAGUACGGGGUGAAGCUUUGGAAAUGAACAGUCCAAGAGCACCUGCCAGACCACUACACUACUUCCCUGGGCCAAAGAAUGUGUCAUCUCCAGCUCACUGUCAGCUGUGUGAACUUCUUCCACAUGAUUAAGUUCUGGAAAAGUUUUAUUUAAGUAAAAAACUGCUUUCUCAGGGAAUUAUCCUGCAUUUGAAAUAAAAGAGAUGCAAUUAAA